CAUAUUUAUAGAAAACAGUCAUUGUAUCGACGUUUACUUCGGAAACAGACUCCAUGGAUCAGAUUACACAAAAGCAAGUGAUGGACAACAGCCUUCUUAGAUGUGCCCCCAUUGAAGCGUGCCCCGAUUAUAUCGCCAAAUUUUGGAAGAAGACCGAAAACGAUCUGCAUGCCCUAGGAAUGAAUUUAAAUGACAUCAUUACAGUAACUUUUGGAAUAAAGAUUUAAAUUUCCAUUAAUUGACAAAAACAAAUCCAAAAAGGUACAAGCAGUAGCCAAUAAUUUAGGUGGCGGACACCAUGCAGUGAUUUUAAAACUGGAAGAUAAAGAGAAAUGCGCUUUUAGACUUGAACUUGAAGUUGAAGUUCACGAAGACAAAUGUUAUGUAAAUAAAAAUUUCAUAUGUCCGAAUGAAGAAUGUUACUUUCAAACCCACUUUUUUUCGGAACUAGCCAACCAUCAUUUUUUGGUACACGUUUCUCCAGAAGGAGAAGAUUUACUAUACCAAUGUUGUGGUAAUGCAUUCAGAAAUUUUCAGUCCUAUUGUCAGCAUCAGUAUACAAAUCAUUCAACUAAACAGGCAAUAACAUUAAAUUUUAAACAAAUUCGAGAAAACAAUUUUGAAAACUUUCUAGAUCAGGUUCAGUUUUUUCGAGCAUACACGAAAAACACAUCUAUGAGACAUGUACUGCAAUGUGCAGUUGACAUUAUUCUCAACUUUGGAAGAUAUUGGUUCACUGCUGGAACUGUCAGGAUUUUGCAACUUGGUAUCUUCUCCUAGUUGGAGUUCCUCUGAGAAAUGUAGAUCCUACAUUAGCGGACAAACUUACAGGAUCUGGUACACAUAGUAGUGCAAGAGCAAUCAAGCGAAAAAAAGAAACGUAUUUAUACAAAAGACAGAGUGAACUUGAGAUUCAUGAUUUAACAGACUGGAAAGGAGGUACUAUUUGCGGUGAAAGCGGAUGUGAAAGGUUACCACCAAUGUCACUGGAAGCAUUAACACGGCAUACAGAGGUUGCACACAAUAGCGGCAACAUAUCAGGUUCAUCGAUGGUUGAUUGGUUCGAUGAUUUCCUGGACAUUGUGUCUGGGAAACAAGUGGGUCUUAAUCUAAACGUAAAAUCAAAGAGAAAAUAUUCUCUAUAUCAGCUCCGUGGUUCAACUUUUUGUUCUCACACAUCGCUCGUAUUUAGUCCAUGGCCGUCCAGCGUUGAAUCUACCAAUCAUAAAUAUGAAUUUUACCAUACAGCAGAAAAGGUUAUCGAUGGUACAGAAUCCAAGCUUCAUGUAAGAACAAUUACUGAAAAGAGAAAUUUGGAAAAAUUGAGGUACAUUUGUGAUGUAGAUAUUUCAACAGAAGAAUUGUUAGACUAUAUAUAUGUGAUUUACAAGUUUCCAUUUUACCAGUCAUCCGAUGGAACUUGUAUGGAAUUUUUUGUGAAUUUGGUGAGUGGUUUAAGACAUUUUCUAGGGAGAAGAAUUAUAGACCCAUCAGUUCAAGAAGGCCUUUUGGCAAAACAUGAACGAUACAGAAGUCUUACAGACAAUAUGGAACGACGAAAUGCCUUAUCAAAAAUUAUGCAAUUUUUCGCACUGAAUGACGAAAUUCAAGAGGAUAUACAGUUUGCAAAAUCUGCAUAUCUUUAUGAUGUCCCACGAGCCAAACAAAUGAAUCAGUUCGAGAGAUUGAACUCAUAUUUCCAAACUGCAAUGCAUUUCACUGCAACAAAACUCACUGAAAUGACAAAAUACGACAAAGAAUGGGUGUGUCUGCAUCCACUCAUAACAAUGUUUUUAAUGUCAUUUAAUAACAUAGGGGUGUUGUUUUUGUCAAUUUAUUUAGUAUUUACACUUGUUCUAAUACUAUGUUUUGGAUUACCGUUGUUACCACAACCAGGUUUGAAUGGACUGUUAGAAUGUUUAAAAGGUAUAACACAACCACGCGAAUGGCUAAACAUACUAUCAGCAAUACGCAAUGUUCCUUUUGUAGCUUCGCUGAUAGUUCUAACCUUCGAAGUUGUGAUGAUAGAGAAAUGCUUAUGUCAGCAUUUAUCAUGCAGUAUGUAUGGACAAUCAGUAUAACAUUAGAAAGAGAUGUACAUAAACGACUUACUUUUUUCCAUGAGAUUACCCUUCAAAAAGUCCACGAAGUAGGUAUAGCCCAGUUGAUACAACUUGGCACUAGGAAUACUAUUUUCAGAUGCCUUGUUGCAAUUGGUUUACUACUACCGUCAGCACAUUUCCCCUAUAUUAUUUGUUCUCUUGUUUUUGUUAUAACAAUAAUUGGUUCUUUCGAAACAGUUGGUAAAUACGUUUUCCAGGGGGAUUACCGAUUAGCCUUUUUACGUUCCAGUAUUUGAAAAUAAUAAAUCACAGCAUUGUAUUGUUGUAUCUUGGGGCAAUUGCGAGCAUAUGUAUACAAGGAGUCAUUCGGAUACCGGUCUUUCAAAUCUCAAAAUUUCACUGUUUUGCAAUGUAUAUAUACACAAGUUUAUCAUGGUAUAUACGACACAAAAAUAAAUUACAUAUCUGUAAACAACAGGCUGUCUAUGCUAAAGCUGUUGAAAUUGACCAAAAUGUACUGAUACCUAACAAGCAAUUGCUUAGUCCAUGGUUAUCGAUAUUUCGCUUAUCAAUAUUAGUCUCUUCGAUUUUGCUCAAUGUUAUUUGUUCAGUACCAAUGAUAUGUGUCUGUUUCUUAGAUGCACAUGUAUCUUUAUUUAUAACAUUUGUUGCCCUUUAUUUGCAUUGUAUUUUGCAUUAUUUUACUAUCGAUGUUCAGCAUGUCAUCUCAGUGCUUAUUGGUGAUGCAAUAGAUAGAUACAAUGUUUCCAGAAGGCACAUACAACUUAAAUUCACUGAUCUGUUCUAUUCAUCCUUCAGAUUUCCAGGCACUACCCAAUAGUUGGAGUCUGAGUAUGCUGACUAUAGCUAUGUAUAUGAUUACAACACGUGUACAAUGCAUUAUUACUUUUUAAGUUAUUUUCAUCAAAAUAUCGUAAUGAUAGGAGUCAUAUACAUAUGCAUAGGUUUUAAGUUCAAUCUAGAUGUUUUGCUAAAACUGUUAUCCAAGAAAUUGUAACAAGCUAGCAAGUAUACAGAUGUUUAUGUAGUCUUAACGGAUGAUGUAUCCAUAAUAAGAUAUUGCUAUGAUAAAGGCGAAAUUUGUAUUGGUGUGUUUGAGGUUUUGUUUUCCGAAUGUCAAUGUUGUAUAUUUGUAGACAAACUCAUUACUUAAGAACUAUAUCCCAUGUACAAUUUACAUAUAAAAUCGAAACUCCAUUUGAAUUU